AUGGUCUCAAAGGGAUUUCUUGUUGAUUCUGCUAUGGGUAAUGCUUAUAUCAUGUAUUAUAGUUGUUUUGGUUCAAUACCCAUGAUGGAAAACGCUUACAAACGUCUAAAAAGCUCAAGACUUUUGGUUGAAAAAGAUGGGAUUAGGGCAAAUUCUCUUGCUUAUAUAAGGGACAAAAGGUUUCAUACUCUGGGAAACUUCUUAAGGGACGUGGGUCUUGGUAAGAGAAAUGUAGGGAAUCUUCUUUGGAAGUUAUUGUUAUUGUCGUAUGCUACAAAUUCUAAAAUGAAGAGUUUGCAAAGAGAGUUUUUAAAUAUUUUGGAAGCUGGAUUUGAACUUGAUCUAACCACUUUUAACACUCGAGAUGUGGCUUUCUCAAGGAUGUCUUUGUUUUGGGAUUUGCAUUUAAGCCUUGAACAUAUGAAACAUAAUGGAAUUUUCCCGGAUCUUGUGACUUUUGGUUGUAUUGUUGAUGCGUAUUUGGAUAGGAGAUUAGGGAAAAACUUGGACUUUUCUUUGAGGAAAAUGAAUGUGAAUGAUUCGAGUGUUGUGUUAUAA